CUCAACGACUGGCCAAAGAGCGGAGGCGGAGGAGGACGAGGGCUGAAAAAGAAGCACUGACAGGACCGCCGCUCCGUCCUUCGAGGGAGCAAAAUGGCGUGCAGGGCUACUGGCCUCAGGGCCAUCGAGCUCUUCAGGACAGACGACUUCUACAUCCUGCAGAGCGGCGAGCACAGCCUCUGGUGGGACAGGAACACAGCCUCCUGCACUCCGAAAUCAGGAUGGGAUCUGGUGGACGCAGUGAAUCCUGAGUGCCUGGGCAUAUUUUACGGUCUGGUGGGCAAAAUCGAAUUGAAUCCGGGCUUGCUUCCCAAAUUGAUUUUAAUCAAGUCGGUGGAAAGUGUCGGCCAACUGCACGGACACCACUCUAUCUACAAAAUUAAGUCCGUGGUGUUUCUCAACCUUAUUGGUCCUGAUGCCACUCAGCAGGAAAUGGGCUUGGAGCCGUGCACAAAACACUGCAACCGUCGCCAGGGUGAGAGGUGUGUGCUGGAGCAGCCGCAGAAAACAAGUUUUGCCAAAACGUGGAGCUCGAUCAAGUCCGCGACGAAUUCGAUCAAAAGCUCCACGGUCCAGGCAGCUCAAAUGGCAGCUUCUCAGGUGAAACCGAUGAGGCGCAGGGACAACAAGGGCGAGAACGAAAAGUUCGAGCGCCGCAUGCUGGACGAGAUGUCCAAAAUCUGGGACGACUCGCAGAGUUUUUACUUCUCGCCCAGCGGUGACCUGACCAACAGCCAGCAGAGGCAGUGGAUCAUCCAGCAGAAGGAGAUCAUGACCUUGCAGGAACAGCCCGAGUACAAACCUCCUCCUCUGUGGAAGAAGCUGGACUACAGGUUUUUUUGGAACCAGCACAUGCUCAAAGAUAUCAUCAGUCACGAUACUGAAAUGGCAAACUUUUGGAUUCUACCGAUUAUCCAAGGCUUUGUGCAAGUGGAGACCUGCAAAGUUGACCUGGGGCGGUUUGACCGGACCCGUGAAGCCAUGGAGCCUGUUUUUGAGACUUUUGUUUUGACGCUGAUCUCGCGGCGGAGUCGGUUUCGAGCUGGAACUCGUUACAACAGACGCGGAGUUGAUGAAGAUGGAAAAGUGGCCAAUUACGUGGAGACCGAGCAGAUUAUCAGCUACCUGGACCACCGAGUGUCUUUCGUUCAAGUCAGAGGCUCUGUGCCUGUUUUCUGGAGUCAGCCUGGCAUCAAGUACCGCCCUCCCCCAAGAAUUGACAAAGGGCCUGCUGAAACCCACGAUGCGUUUGAAAAACAUUUUAAUGAAGAACUGGCCACCUACGGCCACAUUUGCAUCAUAAACCUCGUGGAGCAAACAGGCCGGGAGAAAGUGAUCGCCGACAUUUACACUGAAAACGUGUGUGAAUUCAGCUGCCCUGACCUUACCUACUGCCUCUUUGAUUUCCACGAAUACUGCCGAGGGAUGCACUUUGAAAACGUCUCCAUAUUGCUGACGCACAUUCUCGAUGUGAUAAACGAGCAGAAAUUCUGCUGGCUGGACAAACAGGGACGCAUCUGCCUCCAGUUUGGUGUUUUCCGAGUCAACUGCAUCGAUUGCCUUGACCGUACCAAUGUCGUACAGACUGCCAUUGCAAAAACAGUAAUGGAAAUUGUGUUCACUAAACUGGGACUGAUCGCUCCUGAAAAACCUGUACCCGUCAACAUUAGAAAUGCUUUUCAACUGCUGUGGGCCAACAAUGGUGAUGCCAUCAGCCGACAAUAUGCCGGAACUAAUGCUCUCAAGGGUGAUUACACGCGAACUGGCGAGCGAAAGUUCUCCGGUCUGAUGAAAGACAGCGUGAAUUCGGCCAGCAGGUACUACCAAGGCCGGUUCCGGGACGCUGAGCGCCAAGCAGCAAUUGACCUUAUGCUUGGUGAGAUCUCAAGCAGCAAUCCAAUACCAGAGGAGAUCUUCAGUGGCAAUGAAACUUCAUUCACGGAAGACCUCACCGCAUCUGCCGAGCAGGUCAAACAUGUCAUCGAGGAUAGCAAAAAAUUGUUGCUGCCCGAUCCUGCUGAGUGUGUCGGCGCUUGGGGACUUGUUGACGCUGAUCAAGGGCCUGCAAAUCCUACAGACACGGACAUGGAUGUAAUUCUCCUUCUGACGCGAAAUUUUUACUGCGUUGCUUGGUAUGACGAUGAAGCUGACCGGGUGAGCCAUUACCAGUACGUGCCUCUAGAAGACAUCACGCUCAUCGAAAUCGGGCAAAUGCAGCUCUCCUCCAAUUCUUUAUUCAAAACGACCAAGUCGCAGCUCAGCUUCUGCAUUCGAAUUUAUUACCAGCAGCGGGACGACAACGGACAAAUGGAGCCGGGCUACUUCCACAUCUUCCGCUCGGCGAAUCUCAGAUUUUUCAAUAAUUUAGCUGUUGCCAUCACCUCAGAGGAAGAAGCCAUUGAGUCCAUAAAGUACAUUUGUGAAGCAUUUUUGGGCCUGAGAGAUGAGCUAGAAGUGCAGCGCGUGGCACGAAUGGAGCGAAAGAAAUCCAAGAUUCCGAGGGAAAUCCGAGGACAUGAGGCUUCCAGCAGUCUGCUCAACCUCCCAGCUCACAUUCCUAGGAAUUUCUCCGACAAAUCCUUGUCCAAAGUUUCAAACACCAUGGGUCUUCUGAAGAGUGAGAUGUCUGAAAAGUUAAGCAAAUUCGCUAACAUAGGCAGCAAAAAAACUGAGGAGAGGGUGGAAAUGUUGCCUGCUGACAAAUUACAGCCAACUUUCCUGGUUGGAGCGAGCGAAUGCGAGGAGACGAGCUUCAGCGCCGAGGGCAGCGUGGACCUGCCUGACGCCCCAAAGUCAGCCCUGCGCCACCCCAACUGCGACCAGCUGUCUUCCUCAGCCGGCAUCUUGAUGGGUUGCCGCCAGGGCCCGGCCCUGGCACCGCGGGAGCCUCCUCCCGGCUCGUGGCUCCAGCCGCCUUCAGGCAGGGUGCUCAAGCACUCGAGGAGCGACCUCAGCCUCUCCGACUCAGGACGCAGCCCCAGGAAGACGCCAGAGAUCAUGGUGCACGCGCCAGAAGGGCACUUUGAGAGGUCUGUGCCGCUCAAGGCGAAUUUGAGGAUCAACAUCCGACCUACUUCCUCGGAACGAGAUCUGAGCCUCAACCUGAGCAGUUCGCAGAGUGAGAGUGCGCUCAGGUCGCUCAAAGGCUUUGGGUCCGUGCUCAGCAGCCCUUCAAGCAUGAAAGACAAUGCCCUCUCAAGGUUCUCCAAAGGCUUGCAGACCUUCAGUGCGAACUUGGACCCCAGGAAGCUGGCCAAAAUGAACAGCCCGAUGCAAGGCAUGCAUCAGGUUGACCCCGAAACCAUGAGAGUCCUACACGACAAGUUCAAGGGCUGCAAAACCAGGCUUGUUGCUAUUUAAAAUAUAUUUUAUUCGUUUAUUUCCGCGCAGAUAUGUAUAAGAUCUGAAUGACGCCAGUAUUAAUUUUUAACAAAAAGAUUCGUUGCUAGAUUAGGCACAAGUUAUAGCCAACCAGAAUUUAUCUCUAAAGUAUAUAUAUAAAAUAACCUGGAAUUAGCGUAUUUAAAAAGAAAUUAACGAACGAAUAAAUCCAUCCAGCCUUAUUGCUGAAUCCAUAUCUGCGCAGCUAACAUCACAAGCAUUCCCCCAAUUUCAUUUACUUAAUUAUAUUUUUAUUAGAAGUAUUUUGUUUGAAAAGUGAGAUCUAUUUACUAAUUUAUUUACGACACAUACAUAUUAUUUAUUGUGAACUUUUGUUUGAUAAAAUCGUGUUCAUAAACCAGUUCAAAGCAAAAUUCACUGUGAACAAAUUUAUUGCAAUAGUGUUGCAUUAAGUGUCUCUUUCGUCUGUGUUACUCUUUACUUACGCCACAAAGUUUGAAGUGAAAUUUUGCCUUUUGGAAAAUUGAAACCAUUGUUGUCACCUAAGUAGAUCGAUGUUUGGCGCAAUCCGUUUUAUGUUCUAGCAAUUUGAACUAAUCGAGAGGAUUAUUAAACCAUUACACACUAAAACAAGAGUCAAUUAUAUCGAGUAGGCAGUUGAAUUAUUAUCCGUGUGAGCCUGCACCGCACCUGAGAAAUUAGCACUAACGAUCGAAUCUAUAUGUGUGGUUACGCAACAAUGUAGUCUUAUUGCCCGAAUUUUAAUUCUGGUCCAGCUUUAAUACGUUUUAGUAGUCAACAAAAGGAUGAGAAAUGUUAUGAUAUGAGUCUGAGUUCCUCUUUUCUGAGCGUAACGUAGAUUUUUUAAGUGGACAGCUCUCCGUACCAAAGACUUUGAUUGCGUAAAGUGCAUUUAAAAUGUUGGAAGAUUUUUAUACAUUAUUCUCAUUAUUGUACCAAUUAGCUUAUAAGUGAUGAUUCUUUUCCUCCGGAUCAACUGCAUUUUCGGAACGAUGCGAAAUUGUUCCUAAUAUAGCCGAUCUGUAUCCACUGCUGUGUGAGAAUAAAUUCAAUUCCAUUAAAAUUAAAACACAA